UUACUCUUUCUGAUUUUCUCCCUCCACUUUGCAACAACAACUGAAAAUUAUCUCUUUCUUUUCCUCAUUCUCUCAUCACACACACACACAUACAUACCCAUUUGAAAAUUCUUGCUUUUUCUGUGCCCCAGAACCAGAAAGAUUAUUUCUUUAACACUUUCUUCUUCUGGGAUUCUUGUGUUUCUCUUCCUUUGCCUCUGCUGCUAUGGCUGUGGCAGAGUUGAACUCAGCUUUCACAAAGACUCAUCUUCACUCUUCCCAGCUCUCAUUUCUAUCAAGGAGUGUCCCCAAACACCAACACUGUGAUUUUCCAACUCUUCACAGGACCCAACAACGUGCAAGGAUUUCUUGUUCUGUUACACAAAAUCAGGUGCAGGCUCCAGCUGUGCAAAUUCAAGAGCCAAAGUCUAAAUCUGAUUGCUAUGGAGUUUUCUGCCUCACCUAUGAUUUGAAGGCUGAAGAAGAGACAAAAUCCUGGAAGAAAUUAAUUAACAUUGCAGUCUCAGGUGCUGCCGGAAUGAUUUCCAAUCAUCUACUUUUCAAGCUUGCUUCUGGGGAGGUUUUUGGUCCAGAUCAACCUAUUGCGCUGAAACUAUUGGGAUCGGAAAGAUCAUUACAAGCUCUUGAAGGUGUUGCAAUGGAACUGGAGGAUUCUUUGUUUCCGUUGCUGAGAGAGGUGAGUAUUGGUAUUGAUCCUUACGAGGUGUUCCAAGAUGCAGAAUGGGCAUUGCUAAUAGGUGCAAAGCCUCGAGGUCCCGGAAUGGAGCGUGCUGACUUGUUAGACAUAAAUGGGCAAAUUUUCGCCGAACAGGGAAGGGCACUAAAUGCUGUGGCAUCUCGCAAUGUCAAAGUUAUAGUUGUGGGAAACCCUUGCAAUACAAAUGCAUUAAUAUGCAUGAAAAAUGCUCCUAACAUUCCUGCAAAAAAUUUCCAUGCCUUAACUCGCUUAGAUGAGAACAGAGCUAAAUGUCAGCUGGCCCUCAAGGCAGGUGUUUUCUAUGAUAAAGUGUCAAACGUGACAAUCUGGGGCAACCACUCAACUACUCAGGUCCCCGACUUCUUAAAUGCCAAAAUUGAUGGUAUGCCCGUCAUAGAUGUGAUUAAGGAUCGUAAAUGGUUGGAAGAAGAGUUCACUGAAAAGGUUCAAAAGAGAGGUGGUGUGCUUAUUCAGAAAUGGGGAAGAUCAUCGGCUGCAUCAACUGCUGUCUCAAUCGUUGAUGCCAUACGAGCUUUAAUCACUCCUACUCCCAAGGGUGAUUGGUUUUCCACUGGUGUAUAUACUGAUGGAAAUCCUUACGGAAUAGCUGAAGGUAUUGUUUUUAGUAUGCCAUGCCGAUCGAACGGAGAUGGUGAUUAUGUACUUGUCAAGGAUGUAAUCUUUGAUGACUACCUCCGAAAUCGAAUAGCCAAGACUGAAGCUGAACUAUUGGCUGAGAAGAGAUGUGUGGCUCACCUAACAGGCGAGGGAAUUGCUGUUUGUGAUCUACCUGGUGAUACAAUGCUUCCAGGAGAAAUGUAAGAGGCCAGAUCCCAUGUAUGCCACAAAGCAGAUAUUGAAAUAAAUUCACACUAAUUGAUGUACAAUAAUGCUAGUUCUGGAAUUAGAGCGCACAAAUUUUAUGUACAAGGGUAUUGAGUUUUUGAAAAGAAAAGAGAACAUACAUUUGAUUUUAGAACCAUGAAGCUCAAUCAUGUGAAUGUGAUUAGGAUGUUGUGGAACUUAGAUCUAUAUAUAUUAUAUGAUGCAUCUUUGUUGAGCAGAAUUAAUGAAGAAGAUGCUACUAUAUAAGUAUAUAUUCCCGUUUUAGACA